GGACACGAAUUGUUUUAAGUGAACUAGCUGUUAUCAUCGAACGUUGAAGGCCGAUUGUAACCGAGGUCCGAGGACCUCAGAAGUUGCCGAGGAUGACGCUGACGGAAUACAUUGGCGCGCUGGCGGAAAACCCGUACUUUGGCGCCGGAUUCGGUCUGUUCGGGGUCGGCGCCGGGGCCGCAAUGUUACGUAAAGGGAUACAGGGAUCGAUGGUCCUCUUCCGGCGCCACUACAUGAUCACACUGGAGGUGCCAUGCCGGGACAAGUCCUACCAGUGGCUACUGCAGUGGAUUACGCAGAAAGGCGCUCGCAAAACGCAGCAUCUUAGCGUGGAGACGUCGUUCGAGCAGCGCGAUACGGGCCACGUGAAAACACGCUACGAUUUCAUCCCGUCGGUCGGGACGCACAUCAUGCGCUACGGCGGCACGUGGAUCAAAGUGGAUCGAGCCCGCGAGCAGCACACGCUCGAUCUGCACAUGGGCGUACCGUGGGAGACGGUUCAAUUGACCGCGUUCGGGCGGGAUAAGCAGCUGUACUUUCGCAUCCUGGAGGAGGCGCGUCAGCUGGCGCUUAAAAACACCGAGGGCAAAACCAUCAUGUACACAGCAAUGGGCUCCGAGUGGCGUCCGUUCGGGCAUCCGCGCAAACGGCGACCAAUAAGUUCCGUCGUGCUGGACGAUGGGGUUUCCGAGCGCAUUUUACGCGACUGCCGUGAGUUCAUCAAAAACCCGACGUGGUACGCCGACCGUGGUAUUCCCUACCGACGCGGUUACCUGCUCCACGGUCCGCCCGGUUGCGGGAAAUCUAGCUUCAUCACGGCCCUUGCGGGCGAAAUCGAGUUCGGUAUCUGCCUGCUUAACCUGUCCGAGCGAGGGCUAACCGACGAUCGGUUAAACCAUCUUAUGAACGUGGCCCCGCAGCAAUCGAUCAUACUGCUGGAGGACAUCGAUGCGGCGUUUGUGUCACGGCAGGACACGCCCCAGCAGAAGUCGGCUUUCGAGGGGCUGAAUCGGGUCACGUUCAGUGGGCUACUGAACUGCCUGGACGGAGUGGCGUCAACCGAGGCGCGGAUCGUCUUCAUGACCACCAACUACCUCGAGCGACUGGAUCCGGCCCUCAUCCGACCCGGGCGGGUCGAUGUCAAGGAGUACGUUGGGCACUGCACACCCCAUCAGCUCGAGCAAAUGUUCCGCCGCUUCUAUACUGGGGCGGAUGCGGAAGUAAAUGCACGCCACUUUGCGGAACUAGUGUCCGCCGACGGUCGGAAAGUUAGCCCGGCGCAGAUUCAGGGCUACUUUAUGGUGCACAAAUUGUCCGAUCAGGAGACCGUUCUGGCGAACGUGCUCACCAUUUGGGACAGCUCGUGAGAAUGUGCCGCCGGAAUAGAGUUGUGUUGUUUGUAAUAUAAUCUGUUAGAGAUAC